GUAGGUGGGAGGCUCUUGACGGGAGCAGGAAAUCCGGCCCUGCCUUCCGGCUUAUCUUAUCCAUUUGCAGUCGUAACUUUGAAGCAGAUUCAGUGUGUGUGUGUGAGGCAGAAGCGAACGAAGGGGCUGAGCCGACUGAGUCCAGAACCAGAAUGCUCGACACGCUCAGACCUUCACCACGCCACUUGCGACGCCCUGGAUGAGGAAUGCCCCCCGGAUUGUCCGCCAUCCUAAAUCACACACACACUUGGUCGGUCAGCCCUCCGGUCAGCCUCCGGGUGGUUGCCUUUAGUUCCCGUUGUUGUUGGCGCUCUGGUCGAGGUUCCGAAGGGUGGGAUUUGUACCGACGACUUCCGGGCUAGCCCUGAUCCUGGUCUAAAUCCUCGGCGUGCUUAUCCUCAUCAUGGUCAACCCGGACGAGGGCUGGCGCGCCUGGGCGGAUCCGGUGCGGGCUGUAGCCCUCUACCCGUUCGCCAUGAGUGCCGAGUGCCCGCAGGCCUUAAUCGUAGAAAUCGGCGCCUCGAUUGUGCUCGAGCAAGAGACCGCGGAUUGGUUUGUGGCCCACCCGGUACACAACGCCGGCCUCCGCGGUCUCAUUCCCCGUUCGUACGUGCACAUCCUACCGCCUUUGACCCAGACCCCGCCCUUGGUGUUGGAAACCAGCCACGUGUUGCGCGAAUGGAACCUCAUGCUCAAGGAGAAAUUUCUCCAGAACGAAGUGAGCGAUUUCAGGCUCAUUCAAGACAUCAUGCGCGAGGUCAUGAACAUGCGCGCCAACCUCAUCUUGAACCCGUGUACCAAAGAAGAGACGAAAGAAAUCCAGCACAAGAUCACCACCAAGAUUGAUUUUCUCAACCAACAACUGGGCCUCGAUCUCAUUGUGAGAGACGAAAAUGGCGAUUCGCUCGAUCUCAAGUCGGUGUGUUUUGUGGCACUCUAUCGACACCAUAUCAAGAGCUCGGAUCAAGUCGAGACCAUAAUGCAAGCCAAGCGGGGCGAGGACAUUGAAACCGCCUCCAGCUUCAAGAUAUUGAUGACUUUCCGGAGCUUUCACGCCCCCAAGAUUACGACAGAGGUGGAUUUAAUCUUCUCCAUCUACGAAAUCACGGAGGGCAAGAUUCCCAAGGCGUUGUGCGAGAACUUUAUUGUGCGUCACUCGGUCAAGUCGAAUGGGAGUGAGGUCGAUGCCCUCAACAACGAGUCCCCGACAUACCAAGUUCUCUUCGCCGAUAUCUGCAAGAACGAUAUUGCCACGAAGCAACUCUUUCUCGUGUGCCAGGUGGUUCAGGACGGGAACUACAACGGUAAAUCCAUUUAUGAUCACCCCAAGUCGGCCAAGACCCCAAAAUCUACGCAAGACACGAAUUUCCGCAAACCCGUGGGUGUGGCGGCCGCUGACAUCACCAAACUGUUUUCCUUCAAGCAAGGCAAAAACACCGAAUUCCGACAAAUCAUAGCCCCAUUUUUGGCCUCCAAUGAUAAUGAGACCUUCGACGUGGUGCUCAAAAAGCUCAUCUGGGAUGGCAAGGUCACCGAAGAAAACAGUUUGAACAUAGCGUUCAAUAUUUCAUUAGAUGAUAUUACAGCCCCCCAAGAUGCGAACAUCAUGCAAGGUCGCUUGGCUUUGGCUCGGAAAAUUGGGCUCCCAGAGGUGAUUUUGCCCUCUGACUUUCGUAAUGAUCUGUUCCUGAACAUCAGUUGUGGAGAUUUUUCACGCCUUGAUAAGCGAUCCGAUCGCAACGUGGAAGUUGUUGUUGAGGUCAUGAACGAUUUGGGCCAAAUAAUUGAAGGGGCCAUCUCCAGUGGAGUGACGUUGGGCCACCAGACCCGGCCUAGAGAAGAUAAAUUCACUACAGUGGUCUUUUAUCAUGAAGGCAAACCACGAUGGAAUGAAAUCAUCAAGAUAUCGAUCCCGGUUGAAGAGUUUGCGAGUUGUCAUAUUCGGUUCACGUUUCGCCAUCGCUCGAGCAAUCUUUCCAAAGAAAAGUCCUUUGUCCCUUGGGCCUUCGCUUACCUGAAACUUAUCAACGAUCUGGAUAAGACCGCCAUUCGCGAUGGAUCCCACGAGCUUUUGGUUUAUAAAAUAGAGAAGAAGUUUGAUUAUCAGCCUAAAUCGUACUUAGGCUUGCCUUUUAUGAAGUCCAAACAACAUGCAUUCAAACCAGACGGAGUCGUAGCUUUAAGUCCGAUCCAUAAAGAUUCCUUCAUCGUCCAUUCCACUCUUUGUUCGACUAAACUUACUCAAAAUGAGGGUCUACUCAGCUUGCUCAAGUGGCGAGAUGAUCCCUCUCGCUUGGACGAGAACAUUAACAUAUUCAAUGUGAAGGUCAACGGCAAAGAAUUCGCCAAGUUUCUGCCCGACGUCUUAGACGCCCUGUUUUCAAUUUUGACCGAGAAUACGGAACCUGAAAAGUUCGAUCCCAAGGUUUUUAAAAGUUUGGUGAAUGUUAUUCAUUUAAUCACUGAGGAUGCUCGAUUCCAGCAAUUUCUGCCUGUUCUAGACAUGUACAUCCAAGAGAACUUCAGUGCCACGCUUGCCUAUACCAAAUUACUAGUCGUGUUGGGUGAGACCAUUGAAAAUGCCACCGUCAACGCGAAUGACGCUUUUCAUGCGGCCAAGUCUCUGAAAUAUAUUCUUCGGUUUGUUGUGAGAUCGCGGGAGUUGUUUGCCAAGCUGAAUAAUGGCAAAGGUCGUGAACCAUUCGAAAGAAAGAUGGAGGACGUACUUCAAGAAUUGAUCCAAUUCAUGCGAGCCCCGACUCAAGACAUCGUGGCUGGGAAGACAUUUGCCCUCAGAAACAUCAUUCAUGCCAUACCUGAUUUAGUUUUGGUGUACGAUAAAAUCGGACUUGCCCGAUGUAUCAUGAAAAUGAUCGCAGCCAUCCCUGAAGAUCAAUUACUUGAGCAAAAGAUUGCUGCCUUCAAGGCCCUAGUGCAUUCCGAAUUGUUUCAAUUAACGCCCUGUCGGGUUGAGAUCAUGCCAAUGUUGAGUGACACAAUUUCUUUAGUUUUUGAGCUUGAAGACAAUAGCGAUCGAAGAGACCUCAAUAUGAAUUCAGUGACCCACCUACUCGGCGACGUCAUAAUCAAGUUUCAUGAGCUCGAACUUGAAAAUCCCGGGUGCACCAUUGAAAACAUGGAUCUCAUUCUGAGCAAGUGCUUGCGAAAGAUCAUUCAAAAUGUGGCCAAUCGAAAGCCUUCCGAUAGUUGGAUGAGCGGUAUGGUCGCAAAUAUGAUGGGAAUCCUCAUUAUGAUGACCGAGAACCAUUUCAUUGACUACGUGAAGCAGUUUGACGAGAAAGAGCCGGCGGAUCGGAGUGAUCUCAUUGACUUUGUCAUGGAAGUCAUGGGAAUCAUCAGAGAUCUCGUUCAGAAUAACGUGUUUCCUCGGACGUGGAUCAAGCUGAUUAGUGCUCAAAAUAUGGGCAUGCUUCGAACCUUGCUCUUUCUGUCCGACACGAUUUGCGAUGUUAUGAAAGCCCCGUUUGAGUAUGAAGUGUGGAGCAAUUUCUUCCAGUGUGCCAACACAUUUAUUACACAGUCUCUCUUACAAGUGGAAACCUUCUCCGAAGGCAAGCGGUCCUUCCUUCUCGAUCAAUGUGGUGAUCUUCGUCUGGAAAUGGGAAGCCUAGUGAAGAAGAUGUGGUUCAGGUUAGGCCAACAAAAAGCCCGCUUUGUCCCGGAGAUCGUGGGACCCUUCCUUGAGAUCACUCUCAUUCCUCAUACCGAAUUGCGGCGGAAUUCAAUUCCAGUGUUUUUUGACAUGAUGCAAUGUGAAUACUAUUCGUCCUCGCUCCCAUCAGAAUCAUGUGAACCAGCGAUUACGAAGCAUGACCCCUCCCUGAAUAGGGCCAACUUCAAACUGUUUGAAUCCGAAUUGAUCAAAAAAUUAGACAUACUCAUUGAGUCUGGAUUGGGGGAUGAGCACUUCCGAGAAAUGUUUUUUAAUAUCAUGAUGUCCUUGUGUGAAAAUCAUACCGCCAUGAAGAAGUCCGGAAUCGCUUGUGUUAAGACAUCCACGAAUUUAAUAGAAAUCCUCUUGGAAUAUCGAACCACUUUGAAUGACGAGAGCAAAGAAUUCCAGAUGUAUUGUGUGGCUAAUUUGAUUCAGUUCUACAAAAACAUCAACUAUCAAGAGCUCUACAUUAAAUAUCUGAAAAAGCUUGCCCAUCUACACGAAACGUGUCAAAAUUGGGCCGAGGCUGGAUGCACACUGCUUCAAUUGGCCAACCUCUUGGAAUGGUCUGAUCGACCUCUAUCGCGAGAGUGGCAACACCAAAACCAAUCGAUUCGGACUCAGCGAGAGCAAAAAGAGCUUUACUACAAAGAUGUGUCUAGAUUCUGGGAAAAGGGUCAACUCUGGGAGAGAGCCAUCGACUUGAACAAAGAGCUAAUCCAGCAAUACGAGCAAAUCACUUUCGAAUAUGAUAAGAUCUCCGAGUUAUACCAAAAAAUGUCUCAAUACUACCAAAGCAUCAUGAAAGAAGUCAGGCCCGAACCGGAAUACUUCCGAGUGGCUUUUUACGGACGCGCCUUUCCCAAGUGCUUCCAAAACAAGGAGUUCGUGUUUAGAGGACGUCCCUUGGAACGUCUUCCAGAUUUCGUGGACCGAAUAUUGGACGUAUUUCCAAGGGCCGAGUUGAUGAAAACCUUACAACCCUUGUCCUCCGAGAAGAAAGAGCUGCCCAUCCAGAAGUUGCAAAUCAAUAAAGUAGAGCCCGAAAUGAAGGAAUCUGUCUUAUUCAAAGAAAAAGUUCAUCAAAGGAUUUUAGACUACUACAAGGUGAACGAUGUAGACACAUUCUGCUUCUCAAGACCAUUUAGUCGAGGAGAGAAGGUGCAAGGAAAUGAAUUUGCCAGUCUGUGGAUCGAGCGAACUCGCCUCCAAAGUUCGCAGAUUUUCCCCGGUAUUCUCCAGCAAUUCGAGAUCAAGGAGGGGAUCGAAGUGUUCCAACUCAGUCCGUUACUCGUGGCAAUUGAGAACAUGAAGAAGACCAAUGAAGAAUUGAAGAGGUUAAUAUUAGAACAUCAGCACACCCGGAAUACUCCUUUGAAUCCCUUGUCCAUGAAACUCAAAGGCAUCAUUGAGGCUCAUGUAAUGGGUGGCACUGCCAAUUACGAAAAGGUAUUCUUCACCGAAGACUACUUAGAGCUGCAUCCCGAGGAUGAGCUCGACGUUCUUCGUUUGAAGAGCCUAAUCGCAGACCAAGUGCCAUUGCUAGAAAACGGAUUGAAGAUUCAUGAGGCCAAGAAAACCGACGAUCUCACAGCCCUACACGAUUCCUUGUUCAAGGAGUUCCAGAAGCGGAGAAUUGAUAUCGAGAAGAAAUACGGGAAACGCACCAGUGACAUAAGCGUGCAAUUUGUGCGUCGAAGCAUUCCAAUCAACAAUAGUCAGAUUUCGCUAGAGAAUGGACAAAGAAUGAGUGAUCAAUCUAACGUGGACCUAGACUCAAGCCGGGGCUCAAUUCAGAGCAAUCAGGCUGAUGCAACCACACGUUCCAAGGUCCUCACUGCCAUGGGAAUUACUCGCAAAAAGUCGCACAGAGAAGAUCAGCGAAACUCGAUGAAUCGACUGAACAGUUCGUUUGUAAUGAGCGUGGACGAGGGAUGUGAGGGUAAUAGCGGUCUUUUCACGGAUUGCACUCAAUUGAUCAUUACUCAAAACCCCAAGACGGACCAAAACCAUCACGAUCCCAUGGGCGAUGGGCUAAGUGUUCGGCCUCAAUCCCGUUCGCCUUCAAUCUUAAGUGUGCGAGGCUCUCUACUCGACGAUUCGAAUAGUUUCUUCUCAUCCAGCAUACCUCCGCCUAUCCCACCUAAGAACCGCCUGUCUGAUCAAAGUAUCGAUCUAGAUGCUGACUGUGGUGUAGGCGGGGUUGGGACGAAGAGGCCUAUCAAAAAGAAGCCUCCGCCUCCUCCACCCACACCCUCUUCCAUGGAACUUUAAAUCAUAUCGUUUCGAGUUUGAAGAUGCAUUUGAUGCUUCACAAAUAUUUUACGAGUUCAAUCAGUUGCAAUACGAAUAUAAUUCUCUAGUCCCAUCAUUAAUCAAAAAUCAACUUACAUGCUAUUGAUUCGGUGGUGAGUUUCAAUUAUUUCUUAAACGUGAUGUAUCCCCCUAGUCGGCAUUGUUUCCAUUAAGUUCAGCUUUUACAUUCUUUGUCAUGAAUGAACUUCCCAAAGACGGGCAAUAAAUCGCCACAAACAUA